AUGCCACAGCGCUACCCGCAAACCCACCAGGACGGCAUCUGGCGACUCACCCUGCUGAGUUCGCCGUGGUUCGACUGCCCAAUCUUUGAAGACCUGUUGAUGAAACCUAUCGGGUCUAAUGAUCUCGACAUGACGCCUUGGGAGCCGGGGACGAAACUCACAAACAGGGACCCAUUUCACCCGGAACUGUUAUCUUUGUUUUUGGACAGGUGGUGGUCCGAGGCCUUCAAUUGGCACUUGAGGAGGUUUGACAACGAUGACGUGGUUUUACCCCUGACGGCGGGUUAUUAUCAUGAAAUGUAUGGGCCUGAGGCGAUGGACUGGCAUACGAUUAGGGAGGAGAUCGCUAUCAAGAAUCAGGUUCGUAAUGACGAGGAUGACCAGGGAGAGAGUCAGCCAGAUAAAACGUUUCCUGAUGAAAAUGCGGUCGACGCUGCAGGAAAUCUUGCGGAUUUCUCCUCACUUCGAAUACGUGAGUAA